GGUAUGACUCGAACCCAGCCAGUCCAUUGAAUUCAGUGUGUCUCGUACCGUCGGUGCAAGCGGUUCCACAAUUCAAAUCUCGCUUCUUCCGUACUGAGAUUUCUCACAACUCAAGCAACAUAAAAUACGCUUCCCAGACAAAUUUUCAGGCGACAGAUUCAUCUUCCCACAAGACAUUUCUGAAUCUCGCAAAUAAACCGAUUUACCUUUUAGCUUUUAUUUUGGCAUGUCUGGGGCAAAAAUCUUGGGAACCCGCAAAAACAGAAUGUGAAAAAUAAUUUGUGUGCUCCUCGGGAAAGGAAAAAUUAACGAGAUUUUUGUGGUGGUAAAUGGUGAAAACAGUUUGUGAUGUUUUGUGUUGGAGAAAGAAGUGGCUAAAUGGGUGGUAGUUAGUAGGGGAGAAGAACAACAAAAAGAUAUUGUGCAAUUGCGUGGAAAACACUACAAGAAUACCAUUUUCAAGCAAUUUCCAGCCGAAAAAUUGUCGCGAUAUUUACGGUACUUGUGACCAAACCCUUGUUGCCCAACCCAUACUGCAAAAUAUGGAUUUUGUGCAUUUUUCCCGCAAACGCGAUUUUUGUGGCAGUCUUUGCAUAUCGGACAAAUUAAGGGUAGGACCCCAAUCAACCCUCUGUCACCAAUAGAUAAGAGAUAGCGGAGUGAAUAAGAAGUGCUAAAUUUCCAAUAAAUUCUCAAUAAAAUCAAUUAAAAAAAAUAAUAAUCAGGUGAAAAUAGCAUAAUCAUAGUGAGUUUAUGUGUGAAACGUAGUGAAGAUCAACCGGGAAAUCAUCCCUGAUUUGAAAUUCAUGUGGAAGGGUGGUUUAUCAUCUUGUAAAAACACUCCCCAAAGUGUCUGUGUUGGUGUCCAACUCUGGUGUCAGUAUUGAGCAAAUAUUGUGGAUACCAGCGACUAAGAUAGAGAUUUCACAGGACGUCAAAGAAAGUGUCUCUUCUUGCCGACGUGAAAUUGCCAAUUUUUCACGUAUGCAUCGAGCUUCGGAAAGAAUAAUUACCAUCGAUAAAUGAAUCAUCUGUGACAGUGGCGGCCAAACUUAUCCGCGCCCCCAUUAAAUUGAGUUUUAAUGUGGGAAAUGUUGGAUUCAGAUUUAGAGUGUGGCUCAGAAUGUGGAGGACCUGGACCACCUCCAGAGUUUGUGAUUCCGCCACCACCUCGACCACCAUUUCUGCAUGACGUUGCCUCUUGUUCUGAGGAUCCACUUCCCAACAUCGAAAUGUGCGAAGCUAUUCCGAUUUUGGACCCCAGCUACCACAGCAGUCCAUCCCUACAGACAUCAGCACUGAUCGUCUUGUGCUCUGUGGUUCUAGUUCUAGUUGUUUUGAUAUCAUCGCUGCUCGUGUGGAAACACAAGCGGAAAGUGCAAAACUUCUUGCCAUGCAAGACCCCAACGCGCGGAGGACAUUUAGACGCCACAGCGGUAUCCGGGGGCCAUUCAGUCACAUAUGAAGAUCCCGAUGCACAUCUCGGCAGCCGACCCCUCGUUAUGAGGCAUCAGCACAAUAUGGAGAUGCUUCACCCAAAAUCGAUACACUUCCCAAGUGGCUACCCCAUGACGCGCUCCCCGCCACUCUUCGUCUGUUCAUCCCCCGGUCCAGACCCUUAUCGUUCCCACGACAACGUCUAUGAAGAGUUAGGCCCACCAAGAGAAUCCGACGGCGAGUCAGAGCCACCCGUUCACUCAGACGAUGACUUUGCGGAGGAUGAGCUUAGUCUGCCUGGAGAGAGGUCUUUCCACAAGACAUCCCCAGACACCUCCACAGUGGCCACAAUCUAUCAGGAGCGCGGAACACCCAGUGGAACAACAGGGCCUACGAGUAGUGGUAGUGGAAGUGCCAGUGGAAAUGGUGAGAGGAGCACAAAUGAGAGGAAUACCCUCCUCUCGCCACCAGCAACGAAUGCCAGUGUAAGGAGUACAGGGAGUCGCGGGAUGAUGGCCAGUCCAGGGAGUUUAUUUAGGGGUCGUAAGGUGCAUAGCACGCGAAAUGGGAAGUUGCCCAAUUUCAGUGCAGACGAAUUGAAUACAUCGUCUGAGCAGGACUAUGCAUCUGACAUGGUCCUACCGACAAUUUAUGGGCAGAGGAGUCACCUGAUGACUCUGCCCUACAAUACCCCAGCAGAAGUCAAUCACCCACCACCAGCCAGAAGCUCCAGGAGCAAUACAAUGAACUGCUUUGCUGCGUCGUCGACAAUAAGUACCGAGGGUGAGGACAACGAGGUUGAACGACGGAAUCAAAUCAACCGACAGCUCUCCACUCAACCCGUGGCCACAAUCUUCCGGGAACGGGGUAAUCAGCCAUGUCCGCGAAAUUUCCUCACUCAUCACCAUCCGUCUGCUGCUAGAGCUCGAACCAAUCCACGGUCACUCGACCGGAGACGUAUUAUAGCUCCAGCUCCGAGUGGCCAUGUGAUCCCCGAUCCGGGCUACGGAUAUGCCGAACCCGUCUUCCACGAUGGCCUCCUGUACGAUCCCUACCUGGCGCACGAUCGCACCCAUCCUUACCCUUAUAUCCUGCCCGAGUUCACGACCUUCCGCAAUGCUGCUGGAACAGCUUCUUGUCAACCACCUCUCGAUGGUGCAUCAACCGGAGCUGCCCCACCUAACCUCUUUGGACGAGAUUCGAGCUUUGGCAGCGAUUCCGGCUACAGUCAGCACACACAGACGUCUACAAGGAGCGGUUGGGGCCGAAGUGGACGCAGGGAAAGUGCUCCCAAAAAUACCCCGUUCAGUGCAUCUUGAGACCCGUUGCGAUUUCUCAGUGGAGCCUAAAUUACGAAUGUGUGUAUAUAGCGGAUUAUAGGGAUACUUAAUAAAUCGUGUGAUGCGUGGGGUAGAGUAUUUAGUGCUGAGGAAGUCAUCGCCACGGAUCCAGUGAUGAUAGAUAAGUGAAAAAAUUAACAUAACCUUUCUUUUAGAGUGAUUAAAAGAAACAGAGGAAUUGAAAUUGGCUUCGAAAGGUAUUUCGAAAAGUUUAAAAAAUUUUCAUAUUCAAGAAAUAUGAAAAAAAAGAAACGGUAAAAAAUCAAUUCUCAGAUAGAACGUAUCGCUCUUCAAAAAAGUUCGUUGAGAUUGAUAUUUUAAGUAUAAUUUUGGAUGAGUUUUACAAAUAUAAUUAAAGAACCUGGGGCAAAAAGUAACAAAACGAAAAAUUCAGAAUAGCUUGGCCAAGGGCAUGACGUGUCCUAUGUUUCCCAUAUGUUUCUAGCGAACCGAAAAAACUUUGGAGUUUAUACGGUGUUUUCUGUCAUUGUGGAAUUAAUUAGCAAAAAAUACAAAUACAAUCUAAAAGCCAAUUUAAUAUGGAAUGGGCGACCGAAAAUCCCAAAUUGGCAGGCUACUUACUUUUGGAGAUAUCUCAUGAAAUGUAUACGAAAACAGGGAAAAAUUUACACUAAAACUGGUCGCCUUUUUCAGAGCUAAUGUCACCCCUCUGUCUAUAACGGUGUUAUCACACAAGGAUUCUAACAAUUUAAUUUUAAAUUCAAUUGAGCCAAUUGAGCAUUAUAAGAUUUCUAGAAUUUACUUGAAAAUUCUCACAGCCAGGACACAUUUUGCAAGAAAUUUGCUCAUUUUUAAAUAGUUCCUCGAGAUUUUUGAUUGUGAGUGACUCCGGAAAAUGUGUAAUAGUACUUAAAAUGCCUUAUAAGUCACUUAUCUGUUAUGCAAAAGUAUCUCCAAAGCCAGAAGAAAGGGUUGCAGCCAAGGGGGCUCAUGAAGAGACUCCCAACUGCAAUUUCUUGACGCAACAAUUUCCUUCGAAUUGCUUUGGAGGAACUCAGCAAAUUACUCCCGAUACUUAAGCUUCACUCGCGUACAAGUUUAUCACUAAUCACUGUACUUAUUUUUUUGGCCAAAAAUAAUAAUUAAUUACGAGUAAAUAAAUUUAAUAAAAACAAUUUGAUUCAAUAGGCCACUUGUUUAACUGCAAUAAAAUUGAAAUUAAUGAGCAAUUUUAGCAUUUUAAUUUACUAAAUUCAAAUUUAAUUGAGCAACCACAUUUAUGUUAUUUUUGCAUGUUUAAACAUGUUUUGGUGGGCCAAGUAUUAGUUUAUAUCAAUAACUGAGCGAAAAUCUUUCAAUUCAAAUGAUUUUUUAAUGAAAAAUAACGCAUAGGUACAAUUCAUCUGAAAAUUAAAUUGAAUUUACAAAUUGAAAAAAAUUCUAGUGUGAUAGCACGGUAAGAGUUCAAAGUUUUAAUGGAUUCGAGAAAGGAAAAUAAAGAAAAAAAAUAUUGAACUUUCUCAAUAAAUAAUUUUCCUUACAGGAGAUAUCAAUUUUAACCAAGUUGUGUUCCAAAAUAUAAACAUUACCGAGUACUUUUAGAAUUUAAAGAUAUUUGAAAGAAUUUUUUUCUUGAUUCCUUUUUUUUUACAAAAAGCGAUCACUCAAUCUACUUUGUGAUUGAAAUCUUUUUUUGCCUUUCUCAACCCGUAAUGAGAUUUUUCUUAUCAAAAACAACUUUUGAAAAAAAAUGACUUAAAAAGAACAUUUCGCGUUAAGCUAGAGAAAAGGUCUGCGAGAAAAUUUGCAGAUGAUUAAAUUUCUUGUCAAAAUAUGUCAAUUACCUAUAUUUCUUUAAUUGGUAAGAACCUCUAUAAAAGUUCAAAGUUUUAAAGGAUUCGAGAAAGGAAAAUAAUAAAAAAAAAAAUAUUGAACUUUCUCAAUAAAUAAUUUUUCUUACACGAAUACUAUAAUGCCAAAAUUAUUCCUUGCUUUUUUCGAGAAUCUCCUUAGUAUUAUCUUUUCGAAAAUAUCUCGAAAACCGGUUUUUAUUUCGAAAUGGUAGAAAAUAAUCUUUAGAAAUUUUGUAAAGCAGUAAAUUUCCUAUAAAAAAUCAUUGAUUAAAAUUGAGUUACAUGUUCAGGAAACUCCUGAAGAGUAUUUCAAUUUUAUUACGUUUUUCUCCAGGUUCUUGUACAGAAUCGAAUUUUUAACAUAAAGUCUUAAGGCCUAAUAUUCAUGAAUACUUUUCGAAUAUACCUUUCGAACAGAAAAAAAAAUCCAAAUCUUAUCAUCAAUAUUAGGAUUCCGUAGUAGAUGGCACAAUGUGAUUCUGUUCAAUACUAUGUUGCUAUUGAAAUAUUCAAUUUAUUAGGUACGAAAUUCAUCUCAUUGCGACAAGAAAGAAUAAAACAAAAA